AUGGCGACUGACUUCGGCGGCUUAUACAUCGGCAACGCCAUCCUCUAUGCCCUGUGGAUCAUACCCCUGGUCGUCCUGUGGUUCAUCAGCCUGUGCUCUGCGCGCAGGAAGGGUGAUCCCGCCCGAGGAGGCGUUUCGUGGCUGAAGGCGACGUACCCGAUCUGGAUCAUAGCCUCGAUAUUGUACCUCGUCGUCGCCGGCGUGCGGGCCGCACAAUAUUAUGACCAUCACAUCGACCCGGAUACCUCUUUCCAGUUCGAUCGGGCAGUAACGCACACUGCCAUCACGGCUAACUUCUUCGAAAAUGUCGCCAACAUCCUGCUCUUCGUCACCCUGGUCGAGCUCGCCAGUGGCUUCUUAUACUGCCUGAGCGGCGGCCAGCCCCCGUCCAUCCGCAAAUUCUCCCGCAUCGCCGUGCUGGCCUGGGGCCUCGUCCUGUUCGGCCUGUCCAUUGGCCUGUUUGGCUUUGACCAGUCGACGGCCGUCAGCUUCUAUAGGGCCGCCGCCCCGACGUACGGCCUCUUGGAGGAGGAUUCUUUGAGUUUUGUGCCCGACGAGGUCGCCAUUGAUCGCCUGGGCGGCACCGUCGAUAUCCUCAUGUGGAUCACGAGUAUUCCGGUGCUGGCCUACUCCGCCUACGUUGUGCACCGAACGAAGACCAACCCUGUGCUGCGCAGCGCCGCCAUCCUCCUCCUCGUGGCCAACAUCCUCAACUUCAUCCGCUUGCUCUUCACCAUGGCCAUCGACGCAGCCGCCUUCCUCAGUGACCCCACCCGCGCGGUCAUUGACGGCGAUAUGGUGCCGGCGGCCGUGGGAAUCAUCGUCGAGCCGCUCUUCGACGUGGUCCCCAUGUUCGUCCUGCUGGUCCUGCUCUUCGCCCUCACCAUCCGCAAGGCCGGCGGCCUGUGGUCCCGCCCCCAGCCGGGCUGGACCCCCUACGUCGUCGCCCCCUACCCCGCCGUCGUCCCCGUCGCCUAUGCGCCCCAGCAGCAGCAGCAGCAGCAGGCCGGGGGCGUGCCGGUGCAGACCGCGCCCGUGCCGAUGCAGAUGGCGCCGCAGCCGGGGCAGCCGUUGCCGGCCUAUUUGCAGGUCGCCCAGCAGAAGGCGUGGCAGCAGCAGCAGCAGCAGGCCCAGCAGCAGGCCCAGCAGCAGCCGCAACAGGGAGGGUUCUAUUACCCUGCCCAGCCGCAGCAGCCGGCCGUGCAGCCGCAGCCGCAACAGCAGCAGCCGCAGCCGUAGGACGUUUUGGGAUGGGACAUCGGCUUCGAGGUGUGCGUAUCCGCUUGGAAAGAAUUGGGUUAUCUCGGUAAUAUAGGGUAGGGGAGGGCGAGGGGUCGUUUAUUUCGUUAUUUUAUUCCGUGCUUUGUGGGUACAUGGUUGUGUCGUCGUUACAUACGCGAGCAAGUGUCUGUCUGCUGUUAGCCGAGAUACCAAAUGCGAUUUUCCUGUUGCUAUUUCUUUCGUCCUCACACCGCUAGCAUUUAGGUGGCCGGAUAUUGCAUGUUAUUUCCUUUCAUGGCCACUUGGGAAUCCUAUAUUGGCAGACGAAGUCGAGAUGAAGGGGGCCGGGUAGAGAAGAGGAGUGCAGAGCCGGAGCCAAGUCCGAUAUACUGCGAGCAUCCUUCUGAGCGUUCUUUCGGAUACCACCACCCAAGAUAAAUAUUCUACCUCGGAA